GAGAGAGGGGGGAGGGGAGGUUAAAGGUCACGUAAACACCUUGUCCGGGCAUUUGAUUGGCGUUACCCAGGCGCUGCUCUUCUGGAAGCGUAUGAUAAAUGCGUGGAAAUGAAGUUUUCGCUCAGAUUGUUCGUGCAACAGUUCUUCUGUCUUCCAAUUCAAAGGGGUAACGUGGAAAGCAUGUGAUAAAAGCAUCUGUCGCAAAGAAAGAAGACCCUAAUUACAUAGGAGCAGUACGAAAGCAAACAUGGAAAAUCCGGCCUACGGUGGAGAUGGAGAUGAAAGCAACGUUCCUGUGGUGACGAUAGAGAACGGGAUACCUUGUUCGAUGCCAGAGGGAGAGAAAGAGGAAGAUGACCCAUGGAAGGUGACCAGUCUAAAGAUGGAUUACGUCCCUUGGAAAUCCCUAACAGCAUGGGAGAAGCUCAAACGGACGAUCGGCUACUUCAUCAAAAUUGCCCUCGUUCUCGGAUUUCUCUACCUCUUUAUCUGCUCUCUAGAUUUCCUGAGCUCCGCAUUCAGGCUUCUAGGAGGGAAGAAGGCAGGCGAGGUCUUCCAGCAGUCGGACAUUCUGACCAAUCCUGUGGCCGGACUGAUGAUGGGCGUUCUGGUAACGGUGCUGGUGCAGAGUUCCUCGACGUCCACCUCCAUCGUCAUUAGCAUGGUCGCUGCUAACAUCCUCACCAUCAAGACAGCCAUACCUAUCGUGAUGGGCGCCAACAUCGGCACCUCCAUCACAAACACCAUCGUCAGUCUCGGGCAGAUCACGAACGAGGGCGACUUCCGCCGUGCUUUCGCCGGGGCUACUAUCCACGACAUGUUUAACUGGCUGACUGUACUCGUGCUUUUGCCCAUCGAAAUCAUCACAGGGUAUCUUUACAGGCUAAGUGAGGCCAUCGUAGACUCCAUGAAUCUGAAAGAGACUCUGGAUGUUGAUAAGGACCUGCUCAAGGUGAUUACUAAGCCAUUCACAGAGCUCAUCAUCCAGGUCAGCAGCAGCGGCAUCACCAACAUUGCUACCGGUGCCAAGGCUGCGGAUCAGACCCUCAUGAAACUGUGUUGCGAUAAGAUCAAGCCUGCUGCCUGCUGCUCCACAACACUGAAGGAUCUACAAAGCUUCGGGAGCUAUGACACGAAGACCAACUUCACGAAACUCCAAAAGGCCAACGUGUGCAAGUCCGUGAGCACGUGCGUGAUGAAGCAGUACACGGACGAGACUUUGCCUGCGGCGUGCUUCAGCAAACCCUGGAUGUACAAGGCUCACAAGACGCCUGUCACCCUCAUGAGACCGAACUGUAAAAUGAUGUCCAUGACUAGCAGCGCCAAUCAGAUAGAGUGUUGUGAGACGAAGGUUUUAGCUUCGGCGUUUUACCAAGAAAGAAGAAACGCAACUGAUGGAGAACGAGCUUCGCUGUGCAGCAGCAUUCAAACCUGUUUCACCAACUCCUCCUGCACCAGCUCUUGGACAACGGUGACAGAGAACAGAACCGUUACAGGACAGGAGUUCUCCUGCAAAACAUGGAGCACCGAAGUGGAGAGAUCUUGCAACACGCAAUGCGAAUUCCUGUUCCGGCCACUUCACGACACUUUGAGUGACGAGGCUGUCGGGGGCAUUCUUCUGGUGCUCUCCUUAUUCUUGUUGUGCCUGUGCCUGGUCCUCAUCGUCAAGCUGCUACACACCCUGCUUCAAGGUCCUAUGGCCAUGGCCAUCAAGAAGUUCGUCAACGCCGACUUCCCCGGCUACUGCGGGUACUUCACGGGUUACCUGGCCUUACUGCUGGGCGCCGGCUUCACCAUCCUCGUACAAAGCAGCUCCAUCUUCACCUCCACACUUACCCCACUGGUCGGCAUUGGCGUCAUUGAGUUAGAGCGCAUGUACCCGCUGACCCUGGGCUCCAACAUCGGCACCACCAUGACGGGUAUCCUGGCCGCUCUUGCACAGGAUGUGGACUCCAUCCCCAGGUCGCUGAAAGUGGCCUUUUGUCAUCUUUUCUUCAACAUCUCCGGCAUCCUCAUCUUUUAUCCAUUUUCAUUCUUCCGACCGCCAAUACCAUUGGCAAAGUUUCUUGGCAACACGACGGCCAGAUACCGUUGGUUCUCCAUUGUGUACCUGUUGUUUAUGUUUUUCAUCUUCCCGGCGGCCAUUUUUGCCCUGUCCAUUCCGGGUUGGUACGUGCUGGCUGCAGUGCUCAUUCCCAUCGCUGCCCUCAUCAUCUUCGUUUGCAUCAUCAAGUUCAUCCAAAGUAAGCGGCCUAGUUGUUUGCCGCCUGUUCUACAGAACUGGAAGGCCUUACCUAAGCCUCUGAGAUCGUUAGAACCCUAUGACCGGGCCAUGAAAAAGCUUUGCUUUUGUGAUCGUUUCCAGGAGAAAGAGGAACAGCAAGGCAUACCUUUAAAAAACAGUGAGGCCAACAACUCAACUCGAUUAUAAAAUGUCAAUGACUUUUAAAAAUAACUCAUAUUCAAACGACGAUUUCGAUCAAAUUUGAAGAUUGCUGGUUUCCUUUUUCAUGAUUGACAGCUGAAGAAAAUUUACAUCGAGAUAUAUAUAUUUCGACUAGUGUAAAUGGGGAUUAAAACUGAUUGUGAUACGGUUGCAAUGUGACAGCUUAACAUUUUUCAUCUUACACUUGUUUUCUGGUAUUUUUUUACCUAAUUGUGGACUUUUCCAAAGCGAAUGUUUUGAGUAGAAUGCGUAUUUUCCUUAACCUGUCAGUCUUCAACACACGUGCAGGAGUUUGUACAGCGUGUGCAUAACAAAGGCAUUAACAUCGACAUUAUUUUAUUUCCAGCAAUCGUAACGCAGUGAUUAAAGCCAUAAAACUUCAACAAAAUUGCACCAACAGUAAUUAUAGCCAACUUCUGAAAAGUUGCAUGCAAUUAUUUCGGCAUCAAUCAAACUUGCUAAACGUUUACUAAAAAAUCGGGUCAAAGAAGAAUCUCUUGAAAACAAUAUAAGACAAUUCUGCAUAGAUAUAUCCUUACCACUUUCAAGACCUUUACUUGUAAGUUAGCUUGAUUAUUUUUUCUCUCCGUGAACCAAUCCAUGCCAUGGUUGAGUAUUUUCAUCUAACGCAAGGAUGUCCAUCUAAAGCCUGCAAAGUAUUGGUUACUCUAAACUGCCUGUGUAUUAGGUGUCCAGUCCAGACACCUUAUUUCAAUUGAGUUUUCUCUACUUAAUACUUAUGUUUUAAAGAGUUAUUAUUUUGCACAUAUUUUUACGAUAUUAUUCAUGUUUUUCUCAAGCGCAGACAUUAACAGCUAGUUUUAAUAGUGGUAGUGUCAAUAGUAAGACAUUAAACUAUGCAUGCCCAUACUGUGUAUAAAUAUGUGAGUGAGAGACAUUGUGUGUGUGUGUGCAUGCGUGCACCUUUGUUUUCUGCCAUUUAUCACCAUAACGUUUGUUCAGGGUGAAAUGCUGUUAUGUUACAUUCACUUUAAUACCCAUUAUAGUGACAACAGAUAUGGUUUUAAAUCCUGCUUUUGAAUAGUGAACAUGUUUUAAAACAUCAGAAACUUUCAAAUUAUUCUUACAAUCACUAAAUAUUUAUGUCUGUUUAUACACAUAGAAUAUAUUUUAUGUCACAGUGAUCAACAUAGAUAUUUGUGAGUAAAAUGUGAAAUCUUAGUAAAUAAACAGUUUAAACUAUUAGCAUUAAAGUAUGUGUCCGUGUGGAAGCAGUAAAUUAUCUCCUCUUAUUUGACCUAGAAAAUUAAAUUUUGUUACAAAAUUAUUUUCCUACUUGAGGGCUCCGGAAAAUGCUUUAAUAUUGCCUUGUCACUGGAAGUGAGCAGCUGGUGAAAAUUUCAGACCUCUAGGACGAUGAGAAGUGGCAGGAUCACCCAUGUCGGACCGAUCAAGGGGUAGAGAUCAGACUAAGAGUGGGCCACCGGUACUCCAGGCUACGAGGAGUUGGGCAACGGACUAACAAUUCAUUUCUGACACACAGCUACUGAAACUAGAGACAAUCCAACAAACGGUGACAGUGGACAGGCAGACCAGGUAACUGGAGUUAUGAUGGCUGGAGACCAAGGCCGUUUCCAACCUGACAGCUGACCUGCUUACCCAAAGAACGACCUUGUAAUUGGAGGAACAAUUUUUCCACAUAAGAUGAUUCAUUAAGUGACAUGGAAGUCACCUGAUGAUAGGACUGAGAGUCAGACCACAUUACCAUUAAAGGCAAACGAAGGCACACACUUCAAGACGUUGGAAUCAAAAGGGGGUUAGACAUAGGUAGUGAUUAUAACUUGCUCAUUGACAAACUUGCUCUAACGCUCAGAAAAGCUAAGGUGGACAUAAACCUGGGCUCCACCACUAUGCCUGAAGUAAAGGAAGCCACCCAAAAAGAAAAACUGCAAAGCCCCAAGGUAUGAUGGGCUUUUCUCUGAAAUGUUAAAGCUGAAGGUAGAAGAAAUACCAAAGCUGCACUGCAAGAUACUCCAGAAAAUAUGGGAUACUGAAUAGACACCAGAAGAAUGGAAGAAGGAUAUAAUCUUCAAACUGCCAAAGAAGGGUGAC